AUGGCCUCGCCAGAAGUCACCUCUGCACUGGCAACAAUUGACGCAACAUCAAACCAGCAAACCAAGUCCCAGCUUUACAACGAACUCCUCUCAUCGAUAAUAUCAUCAUCUUCUCCCUCCACACUUGCACACAACCUUAUCGCGUUUUUAGGAUCUAUUCUAGGUGAUGGCGUGAGCAUUAUCGCUUCUCGCCCUCUACUCGAUGCUUUUAUCGACGCCCUCCGCAAUCUCCCCGCACCUGCCAAGAUCGAAGUCGGCCAACAUGCUAUCCAAGCACUUCAAUCGCGUUCCACAUCUGUAGAGGAGCAAGACGCCGUCAUUCGCGAAACCCUCGCCGAUGCAUUUGAGGCAGAAGAAGAAUAUGUUGCUGCUGCGAAAGUCUUACAGGGGAUUCACCUGGACAGCUCCCAGCGAUUAAUUUCCGAUGAUGCUAAAGUACGUAUGUGGAUACGAAUUGUCAGGUUAUAUCUCGAAGAGGACGAUCCCACAAGCGCUGAAGGGUUCUUAAAUAAGAUAAAAAACCUGCCUACAAAGGUUCAAGAUCCAGAAUUGAAGCUUCAUUUCCAACUAUCACAAGCGCGCAUUCUUGACGCGCGAAGACGGUUUCUUGAUGCUAGCCAGGAAUACCUUAAUGUCAGCUUGGCUACUGGAGUAGAGGAGGAUGACCGACUACAAGCAUUAGCAGCAGCUAUUAGAUGUGCAGUGCUGGCUCCAGCGGGACCUCAAAGAUCGCGGAUGCUGUCACGGCUUUACAAGGACGAUCGAUCGUCCUCAUUAGAAGAGUACGCUAUAUUAGAGAAGAUCUUUCGGGAUCAACUUCUUACUCCAGAGGAGGUCAAGUCUUUUUCAACAAAAUUAGCUCCGCAUCAGGUCGCUAAAACUGCAGACGGGUCAACUGUGGUUGAUAAAGCUGUCAUCGAACACAAUCUACUUGCCGCGAGUCGAUUGUACGAAAAUAUUCGUGUUGAAAACCUAGCUUCGAUCUUAGGCCUCACAGCAAGUGGAGGUAUGGGUGCUGCUGAGAAAGCUGAAAUAUAUGCUGCUCGAAUGUUAGAACAGGGCCGCUUACAAGGAACGAUUGACCAGAUUGACGGAGUGAUAUUUUUUGAUUCCAUUGAUGGCAUUGGAUCUAUGGAUAUUGAGGGAAGGAGUCUCAAGUCGUGGGAUGCUGGUGUCCAGCGCCUGACAGAUGAGGUCGAGAAGGUUGCUACUUCGAUCAUGGACGAGUUUCCUGAUUUUGCGAUUGCACAAAAGGUCCAAUGA